AUGACCAGCGAUUCUACCGCUACUGCGAAUACGUCUACUCCUACACCUGUGUGUGAUGUCAAGUCUGGCUCGAAUAUGAUCGCGUCGAUGCAGGAGCAUUCGCACCCAGGCUCCCACUCACACUCACAUUCGCAUGCGGGCGCCGGCUCGCACUCACAUUCGCACGGAGGUAGCAAUGCCGUAGAGCAUGGACACACGCAUGAGAUCAUGGAUCAUCCAGGCAAGUUUGGCGAAAGAGACGUGCCCAACUAUGCGUCCCGAAACUGGAAUGAGCGCGCCUUUACUGUCGGCAUCGGUGGCCCCGUCGGCUCUGGCAAGACAGCUCUAUUGCUGGCUCUAUGCAAGCGCUUGCGCGACACGUACAAUGUCGGUGUGGUGACGAACGACAUCUUCACUCGAGAGGACCAGGAAUUCCUCGUGCGCAAUGCUGCCCUACAAGAUCCGAACCGCAUUCGCGCUGUUGAGACGGGUGGGUGCCCACAUGCUGCGAUCCGCGAAGACAUCUCAGCGAACAUGGAGGUGCUUGAACAACUGCAGGCCGAAUAUGGCACGCAGAUCCUCUUUGUCGAGAGCGGCGGCGACAACCUCGCAGCUGCCUUCAGCGUCGAGCUGUCUGACUUUCAUGUGUAUGUGAUAGAUGUGUCUGGCGGCGACAAAAUCCCGCGUAAGGGUGGUCCUGGCAUUUCGCAGUCCGACUUGCUUGUGAUCAACAAGACAGACUUGGCCGAGCACGUGGGUGCGUCGCUCGACGUGAUGCGCCGCGAUGCCGAUCGAAUGCGAGACCAUGGCCCAACUGUAUUUACAAGUGUGCGGAAAGACCAGGGCGUCGAUGCCGUCGCGGACUUGAUCCUUGCUGCCCGUCGCGCUGCUGGCGCCGAUCAUGCCGGCCACCCACCUACCAAGUCGCAUGCAUCAUCAUAA